GAUCAUACAAUAUCCCACAAUUCCUCGGAUUUUUUCAACGCGAACGAGCAAACCAAACACACAAGGCGGACAAUAUGGCGGACGUACUGGACCUACAUGAAGCGGGAGGCGAGGAUUUUCCUAUGGAUGAGGAUGAGAGCAUCCACAAGUUGAAGGAAAAGGCGAAGCGGAGAAAGGGACGGGGAUUUGGAUCUGACGAUGCGGCCCGAUCAAGAGUGCGUGAGGAUUACGAUACCGUGGAACAGGACGGGGAUGAGCCUGGGCCACAGCGAUCGGUGGAGGGCUGGAUCCUCUUUGUGACCGGGGUGCACGAGGAGGCCACAGAAGAGGACAUCCACGACAAAUUUGCCGAGUUUGGCGAUAUCAAGAACCUGCAUCUGAACCUGGACCGGAGAACUGGCUACCUCAAGGGAUACGCGCUGGUGGAGUACGAGACCUACAAGGAGGCCCAGGCGGCCAUGGAGGGGCUCAACGGGCAGGACUUGAUGGGGCAGCCAAUCAGCGUGGACUGGGGCUUCGUCCGAGGCCCGCCAAAGAGCAAGAGGAGGGGUGGGCGGAGACGAAGCAGAAGCCCAGACAGGAGGCGGCGCUGAUUACCGCCAUCUGUCCUGCCAUUGGCCGAAACAGUCACUGACACCUUCCUCGUCCAUUCGGAGAGCGCAGCACAAACAAUUUUGUAUUUUAACUGGACGAUUAAGAGUUCACCACUUUCAUGGUGAUCUGGGGUUGUUUUAGUACCUUCUUUUUUUUUUUUUUUUUUUUUUUUUUUGAGAUCUUACCAAUGUGCAGCAUGUUAAAUAAUUUUUUUUGUUUGUUUUGGUUUCAUCUCUAAAGCAGAUGUACAGUGUGUUACAAGCAAAGCUGUGUUAAAUGCCUCAUCCUGUCUGCUAAAUGCUCUGAAGAGCGCAAUGCAUCAUCCUGGGUCUAACAGAGUGUGCUGUAAGCCAUCUUUUUGCUGAUUAACAUUACAAUAGUUUGUUUAGGACCAAAGUGACUACGAUUUUUUAUUUUUUUUGAUGUUGGCGUUUGUAAGAGGAACACAAUGAGGUUUGAGGGAUUUUGUUUUGUUUACUCCCCUUUUAAAUCCAUCUGUUUAACAAUGGCUGUUUCUGUGUAAUACCGCUGAAUGCUGUUCAGUUAUUAAAACCUUUUUUUUUGUAAGA